AGCGCAAAUUUGGCAUAUAAGCGCAAAAUGAGCAGCGGCCCCAUGCAGCCGGUAGCGCACUGAGCGACCUGAGGAAUUCAACAGGUACCUACAGACAUUUGUGAGCUCUCUGUCUUCCAGCGUGGAUGUACAGCCUGAUUUAGAACCGACUGCCGGCACUCAUUUUGUGUGAUGGAUGGAAUUAAAGGCUCCCUGGAUUGGAAAACUGUCACUCUGCAAUAAUCUCAAGGCGUUCUGGCAUCUGGAGUAUUGCACCUGAGAGAUAUUUUGGCGGAAUUUAAAGACAACAAAAAGUAUUCUGAUUCAGCAGCAGUAUUGUCUCCAUCAUGAAGAGGUCUCUUCCUUUCCCAAGCUGGGUCAGAGCAGCAAGCUUGUUCCUGUGUUUCACCCAGACUGUCCUGGCUAUGGUCCUCACCAACUCCACACGACUCGAGUCCAUCCUGGACAAGUACAGGGACAAGGAUGAGGAGUGGUGGAGGGCCAGGUCAAGAGGGAAGAGGGCCAUCAGUGAGGGAGACAUGCACCUCAUCCUUGACCUGCACAACAAGCUGCGAGGUCAGGUCCACCCUCCUGCCUCCAACAUGGAAUACAUGGUAUGGGAUUAUGAGUUAGAGAGGAGCGCAGAGCACUGGGCACAUACCUGCCGAUGGGAACAUGGACCGAGCCACAUGUUGACACAAAUAGGUCAAAACCUUGGAGCGCACUGGGGCAGGGACCGCCCCCCUACAUACCACGUCCAGGCCUGGUAUGAUGAGGUGAGGUACUACAGCUAUCCCUACUCCCAGGAGUGUAACCCACACUGCCCAUUCAGAUGUUCAGGACCUGUUUGUACUCACUACACGCAGUUGGUGUGGGCGACAAGCAAUCGUAUUGGCUGUGCGAUCAAUGUGUGUUACAACAUGAACGUGUGGGGAAUGAUCUGGGCUAAGGCUGUCUAUCUGGUCUGCAACUACUCGCCACCGGGCAACUGGUGGGGUCAUGCUCCGUACAAAUAUGGAGCUCCCUGUUCUGCCUGUCCAGCUAGCUAUGCUGGAGGCUGCAGGGACAAUCUCUGCUAUAAAGAUGGGGGUGUUGACAGGCGUCCAGCUCCUGAGAUUGAGGAGACCAACUAUAUUGAACCUGAACCAGAACCAGUAAGGGACAGGGAGCCCCAACCCAGGGCCCAGAGCCCAAACCCCUCGCCCAAUGACAACCUAGAGAGAAACCAGGUUGUAAGCACAGAGCAGAUGUGCCAACAGGUUGAAUGUGAGACUAAGCUGAGAGAUCAGUGCAAGGGAACGACCUGUAACAGAUAUGAGUGUCCGCCUGGCUGCCUUGACAGUCCUGGAAAAGUUGUUGGGACUGGAUAUUAUGACAUGCAAUCCAGUGUGUGUGGAGCUGGGUUACACUCUGGCGUUAUUGACAAUGAUGGAGGAUGGCUGGACGUGACCAGACUGGGUAGAAAACAACAAUUCACCAAGUCAUACAAGAAUGGUAUUCAGUCACUUGGGAAAAACAGGAGUGCAAAUUCCUUCAAAGUUGAGACGGUGCCUGUCAAGGCAGUAACAUGUGAUACCACCGUGGCACUAUUCUGCCCUUUCAAGAAACCCGUACGACACUGUCCCAGGUUGUACUGUCCCAGGAACUGUCAACGUGACAGCCGAGCCCGAGUCAUUGGGACAAAACACUACUCAGAUAAAUCUAGUAUCUGCCGAGCAGCCAUUCAUGCUGGAGUGAUCCAGAAUGAGUCUGGAGGGUACCUCGAUGUGAUGCCUGUGGAGAAAAGGAACCAGUACAGUGGCAGUUACCAAAACGGCAUCACUUCGGAGAGCCUACUGAACCCAGCAGGUGGAAAAGCCUUCAGAGUGUUUGCAGUCAUCUGAGAAACCACUGUCAAAGGACAGAGUACCGUCAAACAUGGCCACUUCACAUCCAGCAAACCCACUCAUUAUCAUCUUACAACCUGCCAUUACAUUCACUCCUGCAGUAAAUAAUUUGUUUUUUCAGCCUCUGACACUAAAAGUGCAGCAUGACUUUACUCAAGGCUUCCCCUCAAAGUCUGGUCAUGAGUGAAUCAGUGUCCAAUAAUAGCUCAGCAAUGGAUGUUUGGUGGAUGAUGAUCCUGGAUGUCUUUUGCCUUACGUCUUUUCUACAUUUCUAGAGCUGACCGUAAUGAUCACAUUGGGCUACCAUGCAUCUUUUGCUGACAUGAUAUCAUGACAUCAUGUUUUUAAUACAGAAAAGUUGAAAAAAACACCACAACAUUUAGCACCACUCCAAAUGCCUCCCAAAAUGUCAGACCUUGACGGUUAACAUCAGUGGUUUUACCAAAGACAUACACCUGGUAAAUAACAGGCAGCCAGACAGAGUCAUAAAAUCAGUUCGUUUUGUGGAAACAAAUUUAGUUUACUAUUUAGUCAGACCAUUCGUGCUGAAAUGAAUUAUCUGGUCAUUUGUUGCCAUCACACUUGCUCAAAGCAACUUUCUGUAUAUGUCUAUGGAGGACCAAACCAGGCAGGCAAAAACUAUUUAAAGUCCCCCUCCAUUCAAAAAACAGUGUCCCUACAGUGUGCUCUUUGAAUGAUGUCUGUGCAGAGUUUGACACUAGAGAGAGAUGUUUUCACAUCCAUCUGCUGAAAGUGGAAAGUUUCUCUGUGCUCAUUAAAAAUCUGAUUUUUAAGGGGCAGGGCCUAUAAGCAUGACUUGUGACAUCACAAAUACUUUAGAGGUCAGUCCUGGUCCAGUAUGCAACUUGUACAGUGUGAUGUAGAAACUUGAAACCACCAGUGCACAUCCACUGAGAAUGGACUUUACAGUGAAGUAGGAGACAUGUUGUGUCCAGCAGGAAAACUGUAGAAAUAAACCACAUGCAUAUUCAGAGAUUCUGGAAGUUUUAAUGAGGUAGAAGGAGGAGAUGUCUGUUUAAGGAUUUGAAUAUGGAAAUCAUACUUUUUUUGUGGAAAAUGCCUAUGAAGUCUGGUUUGGGCCUCUGUAUAUCAUUAAUUUCACGGUAAUUAACAGUAUAGCAACAAUGCAGGCAGUAGAAUACAGAUUGUAUAUUUUUGUACAUAAUGAUGUUGUAAAUAAUAUUGAACACUAUGCUAUGAAAUGCUUGCUACUGUUGCAUUGUUCAUUUACAUUUCUAACACCUUGCCAGCCAUACAAAGUCAAACUGCAAUAAGCAGUAGAUGCUGAAACAGAUUCUGCAUGCAAAACAUAUAUUUGUCACUCACGCUUUUAUUUUUAUAAAGGACAAUUGUCAUCAUAAUUUUAGUAUAUUCAUAUUUUUGUAAAUAUUGUGUAUGUAACAUAUUGUUUUAUUUUAUGCUGCAUUUCCCAGCGUUUGUUUAUAGAUUUAUAUAAAUGGACCCUGGCUGGCCAGGAAUGUGCAUGGCAAAAUUAUAAUUAAAAUACUUGGUGGUAAAAUGU